AUGGCUUCCAACGAGUCUCCCGCCGCUCCCCACGAGCCCCCUUACACAUACCGCCCGAACCAGGGCUACGAACAGACCGAGGAGGUCCCGGCCGAGCUCAAGAACGUGCCCCGCGACGCCCCGGCGGCCGACGAUGAUGCCGAAGAUGACAUGGAAGACAUCUUUGGCGAGGAUGACGACGUUCCCGACGACGAGUGGGCGGGAGAUGCAGGCGACUUGACAAAGUCGUACAACCGCCAGCGCAUGUUCAACAGCAACAGCAACGGCGACGGCGGCGCCGCGCUGCCUCGCUCCAACGCCCAGCGACCGACGGCGAACACCUUCGCGAGCGUCGACGACCAGAUCACCGCCCUCUCGAAGCACGCCGCCAAGAUCAGGCUCGACAGCGUCAAGGGCCGCGACGACGAUGAGAAGACGAAAGACAAGGCGGACCGCGCGACGAGCGAGCAGGUGCUGGACCAGCGCACGCGCAUGAUUCUGCUGCAGAUGAUCAACCGCGGCGUGGUCAGCGAGAUUCACGGCGCCAUCAGCACCGGAAAGGAAGCCAACGUCUACCAUGCCGUGCUGCACCCCGAAGACGAUGGGCCGACCGUCCAGCGCGCCAUCAAGGUGUACAAGACGGCGAUUUUGGUGUUCAAGGACCGCGAGAGGUACAUCACGGGCGAGCAUCGCUUCCAAAAGGGCUUCGACAAGAGCAGCAACAGAAGCAUGGUCAAGCUGUGGGCUGAGAAGGAGUUCCGUAACUUGAGGAGAAUACACGCUGCCGGCAUCCCUUGCCCGGAGCCCAUCAGCUUGAAGCUGCAUGUUUUGGCGAUGGGUUUCCUGGGUGACCGCAAGGGAUGGGCGUACCCUCGCCUCAGAGACGCCAAGUUGGCUGGAGAUGACGUUGAUGAGCAGUGGAGGGGACUGUACAUCCAAUUGCUGGGUCUGUACCGCAGGAUAUACCAGGUCUGCAGGCUCGUCCACGCCGAUUUGAGCGAGUACAACAUUCUUUACAACGACAACAAGCUGUACAUCAUCGAUGUCUCUCAGAGUGUCGAGCCCGAUCACCCCCGUGCGCUUGAAUUCCUGCGCAUGGAUAUUAAGAACGUCGGUGACUUCUUCAGGAGGAAGGGCGUUGACACUCUGUCCGACCGCGCCAUCUUCGACUUCAUCACGGCGACGGAGGGGCCUGUCGAGGAGCCUGCUCUGGCUGAGGCCGUCGAGAAGAUCUACCAGAGCAGACCCGUCGACGAGGAUGAGGCUGCCGCGGAGGUCGAGGUUGACAACGAGGUCUUCCGCAAGCAGUACAUCCCCCAGACCCUGGAGCAGGUCUACGACAUCGAGAAGGACGGUGCCAAGAUUGGACAGGGCGAGGGCGACAAGCUUGUUUACAAGAACCUGCUUGCUGACACCGUUGUUAAGGAGAACGAGGAGCAGGACGAAGAGGAGGAUUCCGAGGAUGAAUCUGGCAGCGGAGCGUCUCUCGGCAGCGAUGACGACGAGGAGGGCGACUCGAAGUUCGACAAGGGCAGGCCUAGAGGGCGCAAGCAUGAGGACAAGGACGAGAAGAAGGCACACAAGCUGGCGGUCAAGGAAGCCAAGCGCGAGAAGCGCAAGGACAAGAUGCCCAAGAGCAUGAAGAAGAAGCUGGUGUCGUCCUCUUCCAGGAAGAAGCACUAA